AUGGCAAUCGAUUCCGAGAUUUACGAAUAUCAUCGCGUAACCCCGUCGCCACCACCCCGUUCCUUCCAAGAAGACGAUGAGGGGCUCGACCAGCCAAAGCAAAAGUUACGAAUCGCUGUUUUGACCAGUGGAGGCGACUCGCAGGGCAUGAAUGCUGCCAUUCGGUCCGUUGUCCGAAUGUCCCUUUCUUCUGGCUGUGUCCCCUAUGCUGUGCGUGAGGGCUAUGAGGGACUGGUCCAAGGUGGCCCAAUGAUCAUCGAGUUUAAUUGGAACAGCGUCGCCCAAAUCAUGCCGUUGGGUGGCACCAUCAUUGGCUCUGCCCGCUCUGCAAGGUUUAGAAGCAGAGAAGGAAGAUUGGCGGCUGUGCGAAAUCUUCUACUUUUGCAGAUCGAUUCUCUUGUCGUCAUCGGUGGAGACGGUUCUUUAACAGGCGCAGACUUACUUCGCCAAGAGUGGCCAUCUCUGGUUCAAGAGUUGGAGGCAACAGGUGAGCUCCCAAAGGGUACUCUUGAGAGGCACCCAGCUGUCAAUAUUGCUGGGUUGAUUGGAUCCAUCGACAAGGACAUGCUCGGGACAGAGAUGACCAUUGGGGCAGACUCAGCACUGCAUCGCAUCACCGAGGCAAUUGACGCGAUCACUACUUCAGCAUGCUCACAUCAGCGAGCCUUCAUCAUCGAAGUGAUGGGUCGCAAUUGCGGGUGGCUUGCCCUGGCUGCAGCGCUGGCUUCUGGUGCAGAUUGGCUCUUCAUUCCAGAGCAGCCACAAAAUUCAGAGAAAUGGCCCGAGGCACUCUGCCAGGCGAUCACGCGAAAUCGAGCUCUUGGUAAACGUGAAUCCAUUGUGCUGUUGUCUGAAGGAGCUGUUGACGGAGAUGGGCGACCAAUUACAGCCGCAAUGGUGCAAAAGACGCUUACGGAACGUCUAAAGCUAGAUGUCCGGGCAACGGUCCUGGGUCAUGUGCAGCGCGGAGGGAUGCCCUCAGCAUACGACCGUAUCCUUGCGGCGCUUCAGGGUGUAUAUGCUGUCAGUUCACUUGUAAACGCAGCAAAGAAACGACACCCCAACGGUGCCGCAACCAUCAUUGGCAUGCAGGGGGGCUCCAUAUGCACUUUGCCAUUGCGCGAAUGCGUUGCCUUAACACGUUCCAUUGACGAUGCUGCCAAACGCAACGUCCUAGGUGAAGUUUUCCGACUUCGAGAUCGUGAUUUUCAUCAAGACUUUGAGAUUUAUGAAGCACUCUGCGCCAGCGCACAAGGAGCCUCCUUGCUUGCGCCAAAUGCUCCCAGAAUGGCUGUGGUACAUGUGGGUCCACCAUGUGGAGGCAUGAACACAGCUACAUUUGCCAUGGUGCGCGCGGCAAUAAAUCGCGGGUUUCAGCCUUUGGCAUUGCUUGGCGGCUGGGGAUCGGUAGCUUUAGAUGCCGAAACGGGACCUUGCAGAUGUCAAUCUGAAAAUGGGAGCAAGCCUGAGAAGCUUUGCUGCGCCUGUGACCGCAAGCCGACAACGACCACGCUCUCCUGGAUGGAUGUCGAUGGCUGGGUGGGUGAAGGUGGUUCACAUUUAGGUACGGACCGCACACUGCCAAGCGGGCGCCUUGGUAACAUUGCACGGCUUUUUGAACAAGAACGAGUGCAAGCGCUUCUCAUCAUCGGCGGCUAUGAGGCCUAUCUCUCUCUGCGUCAGCUGCAGGCUGCUGGGGCAGAUCAUAGCAUUCUUGGACGUAUCCAAAUGGUGGUAGUCCCUGCAACCAUUUCCAACAAUGUGCCCGGGACAGAUAUAACGCUUGGCUCUGAUACUGCGCUUAACAUGAUCGUCGCAUCAUGUGACGCCAUUCGACAGUCUGCCUCGUCACAAAAACGCACCUUUGUGGUGGAAGUUCACGGGGGAAAAUGCGGCUACCUUUCGUUGCUGGGCGGUCUUGCAGCUGCAGCAACAUUUUCCUAUUUGCCUGAAGAGGGAAUCAUGGUAGAAGACAUCCUGCGAGAAGCUGCACAUUUGCGGAGACGUUUUCAGGAUGAUCGACGACUGGGACGUCUAAUCGUAUUACCAGAGCAUCUUUCACCAGCACUGACUGGAGAAUCACUUGCAGCCCUGCUGGAAAUGGAGAGUGAGGGCGAAUUUGACGUACGUGUUUCAAAGUUAGGGCACCUACAACAGGGACGCGAGCCUUCUCCCUUUGAUCGUCUUUUGGCGAUGCGUUUUGCCUGGCUGGCUGUAGAACAUCUCGCUUCGAUGGCAAUGGAAGCCCGAAGGGUAUCGAAUGAUGCCAAUCCCAUGGAAAUGGCACAAAAACAGGCUUUUGAAGCCAGCGACGCCUUGGGCACCCGUUGCUCAUUGAUCGGGCUCCAUUGCGGCGCUGUUCGUCUUUCCUCCAUUAGCGCACUAGGUGCCAUUGCAGAUGACCACAAUAGACGCACAAAACAUCCCUCCUGGAUGAGAUACCGUCCGAUUGCCCAGCUUUUGGCAAAGUAUACCGUCUCACAGGAAGCUCUUAAGGCUGCUCUUGACAUUCCAGAAGGAGUCCUGUCCCUACCUGAUAAACCCGAUAAAGUUUGA